GCAGCGAGCCGCUGCCGAGCGCCUCAUUCCCUCCCGUCCCGUCCUGCCGGAGCCGGGCCGGCCGCCUGGACCAGGAUGACUGCCACGGCCACCUCCGGCACGCACAAGGUCGCCAGCAGCAAGGAGGAGAGGAAGUUAAGGAAACCCCUCAUUGAGCGGAAGCGAAGGGAAAGGAUUAAUAACUGCCUAGACCAGCUGAAGGAGACUGUUGUGGGUGCAUUUCACCUGGAUCAGUCUAAACUGGAAAAAGCAGACAUCCUGGAAAUGACAGUGAAGCACCUCCAGAACAUCCAGAGCAGCAAGAUGAUGGCCGACUCCAAGGUGGGUCUGGAAGCCCAGCAGAGGUACAGCACCGGCUACAUCCAGUGCAUGCACGAGGUGCACAACCUGCUGCUCACCUGCGAGUGGAUGGACAAGAGCCUCGGGGCGCGCCUCCUGAACCACCUGCUCAAGUCCCUGCCCAGGUCGGGGCAGGAGCCCUGCAGAGCCGCGCUCAGGUCUCCGGGCAGCUCGGCUGUCUCUCCGCAGCCUCUCCUGGCGCACAGAAGUCCCCUGAGCCCCAAGGGCAGCGCUCGAGGCACGAACCCGCCGCAGGAGCGCCCCUACCCCGCGGAGAACAAGCACGCUUCCAAAAAUUCCUUCCAGCUGCCCGCGCUGUCGCUUUUCAACCAGGUUGAUGCCGCACCUCCCAGACAGGUUCUGCAGCCAAAUUUUUCCCAUAACAACCCCAGAAUGGGGUCAUUAGAUAUGUGGAGACCGUGGUAAAGUGUGUUUUCGAUUUUUGUCCUAACCUUAGACAUUCUUACGUAUGUAUCUUAUAGAUAUGUUUCUUUAAAACACUUGUGGAGCAAAUCUGUUCCUGUAGGUGUACUAAAGACCUGGGUACUUCAAGCCGAAGUAAACCUACGUGUAGCCUGCAUUGUAGAAGGCUGCUAUUAUUUUUUAUUUAUUUAAUACAUCUAAAUUAUUGUCUAGAAUACUCUCGUGCUCUUUAGUGUAUAAUAAUUACAUAGUUUUCUUGUCCUACAUUCUAAAAUAAUUAACUUUCUAUUAAUAAAACUACAAGACAACAAGCAACGACCCUCUCUGGCAUCAAAUUUACCUUAAUAGCUCACAUAAGCCAUUGAGAUCCCUUUAUUGGAUAAAAGGGUAAGCGACUGGUCUUUUACGCUUUUUAUUUUUAUUAUUAUCCCUGCGCAGUGUAGGAGAUUCCAGUGUUGAGUCCUGUAAAAGUGCUGCAAUGUUUAGGAGGGAAAAAAAAAAGAGAGAGAGAAAGGGAGAGACUUGGUCUGGACUUUUUAGGCUGUUUAGAAAUGCUCUCUGGGUUGCUCGCUCUGGCUGUGCUGUUCCCAGCCUGACAUUGCUCUUAAGCUUGUGAGUACAUAUGUGUGUAUAUAUAUAUAUAUAUAUGUUACAUAGGGUUAUAUUUAGGGAAACUUUUUUGUUUCCAUAACUAAAAGUUCUAAAUAAACUUUUUAAAGAUAAUGACUGACAUUUCUCCCAGCCUUGUCCCAUGUGCUCUGAAUAAAGGGUGUUUGAGCA